AUGCCGCUGAAGACCUCCGCCAUCGCUCGACCCUUCAUCAUGAUCGAACCCUCUCUUCGCGUGCGACGCGCCAUCACGGCCAAUGACGCCCUCCUCGUUAAGCGCAUCCUCAAAUCUCACCCGCGCCUCCUCCACAACCCCGACAGCUCGCCUGAGGGCCUCUCCAACUCGAACCUCCACCUUGCCGCCUCGCUCGGCCACCUCGCCAUCUGCCAGGUCCUCGUCGACCUCGGCCACGAAUCCCCCGAACCAGCCCUCAACGAGCACCAUCAGACGGCUCUGAUGCUCGCCGCCAACGCCGGCCACACGGACGUCGUCCACUUCCUCUGCGAGCGCACCCCUGACGCCAUCCUGCGCCGCGACGUGCGCUGGCGUGACGCCAUAAUGGAGGCCAGCCGCGGCGGCCACGACACCGUCCUGCAGAUCCUGCUGACCUACGUGCCCCACGGCGCUCAGGAGGCCGUCCAGCGCGCCGACCUCGACGGCAACACGGCCCUGCACUUCGCGAGCAGCAACGGCAACCUGCUCGUCCUGCGCACCCUGCUCGCCGCCGGAGCCGACGCCGAGCGCCGCAACGCCUGGAGCUGGACCGCAAUGUCGUACAGCGCCACCGUCCAGGCCGAGGUCUACCUCAAGGGCCUCGUCACCGAGGUCGAGCGCCGCAAGAUGGUGAGGCAAGAGGUUGAGCAGCUCAAAAACUCGGUCAAGGGGGCCGCCGCUAUCAAGGCCGGCGGCGUGCGCGUUGUCCAAGAGGAUAUCGGGGUGGAAGACUGA